AUGGCAGUUACAAGUGAUCCAGAGAGCAGUGGAAAUGAACAGAGGUCUGAGGAAGAAUUCACCUUGCUUCCUAUGCCACCCCAUUUUGUCCCGGGACAUUUGGAAUGUUUGGAAGGUACCCUGAUGUGUCCUGACAUCCCAACUGCUUACCAGACUUAUGCCAGUGACAACAACAGGGAUGACAGUGGAGGUGACCAUUCUAAUGAAAGCAAUGAGAACCAUGACAGCAGCAGUGAUCAGAGUGACAAUCUCAGCCAUGAUAAUGAUGGCAAUGAUGUCUAUAACAAUGACAAUGUCAUCCUCCAGAAACAAGAAAUGGACACUGGUGACUUCCAUCUUCACAUCCUGCACAGUAAGUUAGAAGACAACUACACAAAGAUGGUUGAAGGAAGUGGAAAACCUGUAGAUGAAAAAGACGAGCAGGAAGAAGAUUACAAAGAGUACAAAGCAGUAAGUCAAUGGAAAGAUCAGGAAGACCCACCUUCAGGCUCCACUUUGGUUGACGGUGUCACCAUGUCUGCUUCAAGAGACCGAGAAAUAGGUGCUGGAAAUGAACAGAGUCCUAAUAAAGAAAUCUUUGAGGCUCAAGAUAAUCUUUCCUUGAUUCCCAGUCCUGCUCUUGUUGAAAUGGUGGAGCCAGACCCCUGCCCCAGAUGCUGUUCCUGUUUUUGCUUUCCCUGUAAUUCGUUGGUAGAGCUGAGGAAUACCUGGUGA